AUGUCACGGUUGAGGAGGGGCGGCCCGCUGGCAGCCGCGGCCCUGGCCGCCGUGCUCGCCAGGCUCUUCGUGGAUUGGGUCAGGCCGCCGCUCCUGAUUGUAGGCCCGGUCACGGUGGACGACGUCAACGGCAACAGAACAGUGGGCGGCGCCGCGACCUACGCGGCCGCCGUGGCGAAGGCCUACGGGAAGAGGGCGUGCGCCGUCAUAUCUGCUGGACCUGAUGCUGAUCUGUCGGUGUUUAAUGACCACGAUUUGGUGGUGGUGAGCAGUAAUGCCACCUUGACUUUUGAACACACUUACACAUGGUGGGGUAAGUCACUGCCGUGCCUGCCAUGA